UUAUUAUCAUUGCUGUUUUCCUCUACAGUUUAUUUUUUGUUUUGGUCCUUCUUUUCUUCGAUCGGAUCUGAGGGCUCUUCUUCGCAGUUUCGGAAAGACAUCUCUCAAAGCUGUUUCACUUUCUGCCAAACUGGAAUCUUACACACCACUUGCUCUGCCAUGAAGCAUUUCUCGCUCUGCAUUACUCUUUCUCUUCUGUGACCAGUGAGAGUACGUUUGUAGGAUAUGUCGAUGGAGUCACCUGUCAAUGGAGGCGAGUCUAUAUCAGAGGUUCAGAAUUCGGUUUCUGCGCAAGAUCACGACUCUCCUUCGACAUCUGAAACGCCAUCUUCUUCUCGACCUCCCUUAAGAGCAUCAUCAAGAAAUCAGGCGGCUCCUUCCACGACCUAUCACACUGGUCAUCCUAAUUACGGAAUUAAGAUUCACCAAAAGCAUCCUUACCAGGAAAUCAACCAUGUGCAGCAUCAAGAACUGCCAAAUACGGCCAAGCAACAUCACAAUUCUAGUGGAAAAUCAGGAGAAAUUAGUUCAGGGAAGAAUAUAUCUACGAUAGAAACAAAGAAUCAUGAUGCAAAAGGCAUAUCAGCCUCAUCUAAAGGAGUUGGUGAUCAAACGAAGAGUUGCUCUCGGUCAGAUGUAACUUUUUGUGCAAGUCCUCAGAAUAGCUUCUAUUCUGCAGCUACCUAUUCAGAAGCCAAACAAAGUUUCGUCAAUACUGAAGUGAGUGAGUGUGUUAGUGUGGAUAAGUCAGGUGAAAGUGGUGAAGCCACUAACUCUUGUGACUUCAAUGAGAGCAGGAAGACCAGUAUAUGUAGAGGGAGUACUGGGAGCGAUGUGAGUGAUGAGAGUAGCACCAGUAGUUUGAGCAGUGCGUUGUAUAAACCUCACAAGGCUAAUGAUAUAAGAUGGGAAGCGAUUCAAGCCGUGCGAGCUCGCGAUGGGGUGCUGGAAAUGAGGCAUUUCAGAUUGUUGAAGCAAUUGGGAUGUGGAGACAUAGGAAGUGUGCAUCUUGCAGAGUUAAGCGGCACAAGGACAUGUUUUGCAAUGAAGAUAAUGAACAAAACGGAGCUGGCUAGUAGGAAGAAGCUUCUGAGGGCUCAGACAGAAAGAGAGAUCUUGCAGUCUCUGGAUCACCCUUUUUUGCCCACAUUAUAUACACAUUUUGAGACAGAGACGUUCUCUUGCUUGGUAAUGGAGUUUUGCCCUGGUGGGGACUUGCAUGCGCUGAGGCAAAGACAGCCUAGGAAGUAUUUCUCGGAGCAUGCUGCCAGGUUUUAUGUAGCAGAAGUUCUUCUUGCUUUGGAAUACCUUCACAUGCUUGGGAUCAUCUACAGAGACCUCAAACCAGAGAACGUGUUGGUGCGUGAAGACGGUCACAUAAUGCUCUCUGACUUCGACCUCUCUCUGCGUUGCGCCGUGAGUCCGACUCUCGUAAAAUCGUCAAACUCAACCCUGGACGGAAGAACUUCGGGAUACUGCAUUCAGCCGACCUGCAUCGAACCGACCUGCGUGAUGCAGCCAGAUUGCAUCCAGCCCUCCUGUUUCACUCCUCGAUUUCUAUCCGGCAAAUCCAAGAAAGACAAAAAGCCCAAGCCAAAGAACGAAACGCCACACCAGGUGACUCCUCUCCCGGAGCUCAUCGCCGAACCCACAAACGCCCGUUCCAUGUCCUUCGUGGGUACACACGAAUACUUAGCACCCGAAAUCAUCAAAGGCGAAGGCCACGGAAGUGCAGUAGACUGGUGGACGUUCGGGAUAUUCUUGUACGAGCUUUUGUUCGGAAGAACGCCGUUCAAGGGGUCGGCUAACAGAGCGACUCUGUUCAACGUGGUGGGGCAGCCACUGAGGUUUCCAGAAUCACCCACCGUUAGCUUCGCUGCUAGGGAUUUGAUCAGAGGAUUGCUCGUGAAAGAGCCUCAACAUCGUCUGGCUUAUAGACGAGGAGCCACGGAGAUCAAACAGCACCCGUUCUUUCAGAACGUGAAUUGGGCACUGAUACGGUGUGCAAACCCGCCGGAGGUUCCAAGGAUAGUGGCCCUGAAAGAGAUGGCGGCUCAGAAAGUGCCCGGCGUUAAGCCUGCCGGUAACUAUUUAGAUAUUGAUUUCUUUUGAUCCUUCAAUGUGUUUUAUGGUAUCUCCUGUGUGUUGUAUCGGAUUGAAUUGGCGGGCAAAAAAGUUUCUGCUCUCUCGUUUAAACAAACGCCUCAUUUCUGUGCAAAAAGAAAUUGUGUUUGUGCAUAA